AUGGGUAAAAAAAGAGUUUUAGUUUCAUACGGUGUUGACAUUGAUGCUGUUGCAGGUUGGUUAGGUUCUUAUGGUGGCCAAGAUUCUGCUAAUGAUAUUUCAAGGGGUCUUUGGGCAGGUGAAGUUGGUGUAAGAAGAUUACUCAAAUUGUUUGACAAGUACAAUAUCAAGGCAACAUGGUUUAUUCCUGGCCAUUCAUUGGAAACCUUCCCAGAAGCUUGCGCUGAAGUCAGAGAUUCAGGUCAUGAAAUUGGUUUACAUGGUUAUUCACAUGAAAACCCAGUUGAUAUGACACUUGAACAGCAAAAAGACGUUCUUGAUAAGACAUUCAGGUUACUAACUGAAUUUGCUGGUAAACCUCCAAAAGGUAGUGUUGCACCAUGGUGGGAAACUAGUGAAACUGGUGUUGAAAUGUUGUUAGAUUAUGGUAUUGAAUAUGAUCAUUCCAUGAGUCAUCAUGAUUGUUUACCUUACUGGUUGAGGGUCGGUGAUACUUGGACUAAUGUUGAUUAUACCAAGAAGGCAGAUGAGUGGAUGAAACCACUAGUCAGAGGUCAAGAGAUUGGAUUAGUUGAAAUUGCUGCUAAUUGGCAUUUAGAUGAUCUUCCACCAUUCAUGUUUAUCAAGAACAAUCCAGAUGGUCAUGGCUGGACCAAUCCAAGAGAUUUGGAAGAUAUAUGGAGAGAUCACUUUGACUAUUUCUAUCGAGAAUAUGAUGAGUUCAUUUUCCCAAUGACUAUACACCCUGAUGCUAGUGGCCGUGCGCAUGUGAUUUUGAUGCAUGAAAGAUUGAUUGAAUAUAUCAAUUCCCAUGAAGGUGUUGAAUGGGUUACCAUGGGUGAAAUCUCUGAUGACUUCAAAUCCAAGACACCGUUCCCAGAAGGAGCACGCUUACCAACUCCUGAAGCCGAAGUUUUGAAAAGAUUAGGUAUUGAUUUAGCUAAAAAGUAA